GCCUCACCACGCUACCGUCACAUGUUUCAGCGCACAACUCGAUUGAGGAUGUACUUUUUGACGUUAUGCAAAAAAAUUCUGACUUUUCUCCUUGUCGUUUUCACGCGAGGGAGCAAAGCCUGAGCGAUCCACCUGGCUGUCUAUGUCUGCCGUCUCUUAUCGCAACGUCAGGGUAGUUUUUGAGCUCUCCCCACUCCACUCCACUCCGCUCCGCUCCACUCCGCUCCACGACGCUGGCUUUCUCGCUAUUGCACUAAACUGAAAGCUGCGCGCACUGCUCCGGCCAAGUGACGGAUACAGCUACAGCUACGUGUGUGUAUAUGUGUGUGCGCAGGCGAGCGAACGAACCAGCGAACGAGGCGAGCGAGCGAGCGAGCCACCGUAUACCCAGCGAGCACACGAGCGAGUCGCGGCUGUAGCGAGGAGGAGGAGACGCGGUUGUGCUCGAGCUGGUGCCGCUGGCUUCGACCAGAGUGGAUCCGCGGAUGAAAUUGAGCAAACAUCGCGAAGAAUCGGUCAUUUACGGAGUGUGCGCGGAGUUGUUGGCUUUCGUCGAUUUUUUUUGAAGGCUGUUUUACCCCGUGUGGAGUACAGCACGGCGACACAUCGGCGAGAAUCGAGCGUAUUUCCUCUAUACUUAUAUUUUGGGAAGCACCACUCGGACGCUUGUGUUUGCUUUGCGUUUUGGAAAAUUACGGUACACUGCUUCACGUACGGACGAUCUGGCUACUCUUCCCCGCUCCACGCACCUCUGAAAAUUCUACGUAGAUAUUAGUGGCUACCACGGAAAGCAACGAUACGGCUGCGUGGAGAAGCAUGUGAUGACUCAAGCUCGGCAGAAGGCUUCCCUCCAGCAGCGGCGCACGGCGGAGUGGGUGGACCAGUCCCCACUCUGGACACAUGGUGGCGCCAUGGAGCCCUGGCCCGAGCGCUCGCUUCGAUUUGGCCGGACGAAGAAGAUCGGCGAAGUCAUGAAGAGGACCAAGAAGAGGAGAAAGAUGGUGGUAGAGGAGAAGAAGGAUAAAAGUUCAGAUCAGAACAAAAAGUUGGACCGGAGACGCGAGAAGAAGCGCGAUCGGAAAUUGUACCCGUUGCGAGGGCGGGCGGGAGGUUCGGAGGGGGAGGGGCUCAGCUGUCACGUGAUCUUAACGCGACUGGAGGAGAGCCAAGGAGAUUCUGAACGCAAAACGCGAAAAGACGGCCAACAUAGACACUUAUCUCUCAAACGCAGGGGUAGAAAAAGCAAGAAAGAUGUGAAGACGUUAUCAAAACACAAAUCAAAAUCAAACAACGCUAGUAUCGCGGACUACAUGCAUGUCCUGUUACCGCGAAAACGCAGACUGGCCUCGCUGAACGCAGAGGCCGUCAAUAGUCUGCUGCUCGAAAGACCGUGGGAUACUCAACCUGCUGCUAAACAAGCCAGAAAACAGGACGAGGCUGUGACUGUAGGGGGCGCCGCGGAGGGAGACGCUACUACUAAGACAACUACUAAAACGAAUACACCUGGACAUUCUAAUAAAGUGACGCUAGGUCCAAAAAUGUGCCAAAAAUUCAAGGCCAAAAAAGUGAAAGUGAAAGCGAAAGUGAAAAGUAAUCCAUUUGAGUUGAGUCAGGAGAGUUUAGAUGCACCUGCGCCGAGACGGUUAGCGGGGCUCAAUGCUGCUGCCUUGCUGAAGCUAACUAGCACAUCCGCUACUGCUAAACAAAGGGUAAAGAGCACUCCAACUAGUACUACUACUACAACUACUACUACUGCAACUUCGUCUGACUGCAAGACCCAAGCUCCUACAACUAUUAAGCAACACGCGAGGGUCAAAUACAAGGGUAGACCACCGAAACACAAGGGGAAAAGGGGGCUGGCGUCACAACUUAGCUGCUCGGCGUGUAAGAAGAAAAGCGAUUUUGAGCCGAAAGUGGAGUGGGAUUCGAAUGGCUGUACUCAUCGGUUGACCAAACCAGGGUACCAGUCGAGAAGCAUGAUGUCCUACCCGCUCAAGCAAGUGAAGGAGGAGCAGAUGGAGGCGGAGCUCAGUCCCUACUACUGCUGCCCCCCAAAGGGCUCUGUGGAGUACUGCCACCGCUUGGCCUUCUUUUUGGGCCAGCAGCCGUACAGCGAAUCCAACAAUCAGCAGCUCAAAUCAGCCUUGACUCCUGUGAAACGCGAAUGCCUGGUGCCCUCCCCGUCCCUCACCCACUCCCACCCACACACCGCCCUCACCCUCAGCCCCCACCCAUGUCUCUGCACAGCCGAGCACUGCUUCUCCAGCUACUACGUCCACAUCACCCACCCGCCUCAUACCGGGACCACGUCGCCCACCAUGGCCUCCCGAUCGCUGAACUUUUCCCCGUCCGGGUUGUGUUCGGGGCAGAUGAGCGGGUCCAAAGGGGGGUCAGGUUUGACGCACCCGGCGUACUGUAACUCUGUGGGGGCGCCCUGUUUCGGAGAGGCCUGCAGGAUGGGCGGGUGCACGUUCAGAGCGAUGCCUCCGGUCACCAGCAGGGGGUGCACGUUCAGUGCCGGAUGCACAGGGUGUACGCACAACAUCAAAACAGAGAACUACUCAUCUCCUCAGGCUGACCCCUCCCUCAUGGUCUCCUCCUCCCUCCCCAUCUCCACCUGCCCCCUCUCCACCCCACCCACCUCCACCCAAAACACCAAACCCCAGCUGAUGCCCCCCCAGCCUCCGGCCCGGCUAAAACUGGCCAAAGAAUGUCCCCAGCCCGCCAAAACUCCCACCAAAUCUCCCACCAAAUCCUCCACCAAAACAGCCAACGGGUCCCUGUCCAUGGGGCGGACGCGGCUGUCCCAGAAGCAGCCCCCUCCCCCCGCCCCCACCCUCAGCUCCACCAAACAGAAGAGGGUCUCCCGGCGCCGCGCCACCAACGGAUGGAGGCCGGUCGGCGUGCCGACGGAGAAGGAGGUUUUCAUCGCGGGUGAGGAUGAGACGGCCCUGCGUCAGUGUUACGAGGGCGUGGAGAGGGACGGGGAGGUGAUCCGUGUGAGGGACACGGUGCUGCUGCGCUCAGGCCCCAGGAAGAAGUCCCUCCCCUAUGUCGCCAAGAUCUCCGCCCUGUGGGAAGACCCCAAAUCAGGGGAGCUGAUGAUGAGUCUGUUCUGGUACUAUCGACCAGAGCACACACAGGGAGGUCGUGACCCCAGCGCACACUGUGAGAAUGAGAUUUUCGCCUCUCGGCAUCAGGAUGAAAAUAGUGUGGCCUGUAUCGAAGACAGAUGCUACGUCCUGCCCCUCGCCCAGUACUGUAGAUUUUGUGCCUUGGUGAAGCGGCGUGCUGAAGGCGCUCCCCCUGGUUGCCGUGGGCGACUGGUGCCGUCUCGCCCCGACUUUGCCCCGCCCACUCACCGCUGCGUGCCCUCCGACAUCGACCCGGACCUGGUGUACCUCUGCCGCCAUGUUUAUGACUUCCGCUACGGACGCAUCCUCAAAAACCUCCAGUAAAACCACCACAGAGAGAGAGAAAGAAAGCGAGAAAGAAAGAAAGACAGGAUUUUCAACUAUUUAUGAAUUUAAUCAACGCGUGAAGGAGUUGUGGGUUCAAUGCUGAGGAUGAAGUGAUUGCAAAAAGAUAAAAUGAAGCACAGAUCCCUUUAGAAAAGACUGUCAAGGGGCUACUAUUGGUGUUCAUUCCAGUUAAAUUUCAGGAUUGGAAAAGGGUGAAUACACUGCAAAAUGUAUGGAUCUAAACUCCUUAAAAUGACUUGAAUUCAGAAUCUUGAGGUUGAAGGUUCAAAUAUGCAUACUGUUGUUGUGUCCAUAGGCAAGACACACACGCAAUGUAUCUAUUUAAGUCUACUAUCGCGUUUAGAGAUGGUUAAAAGUUAGAGUUAAUCCCUGUUUUAAGUUUGCAGGUUCAAAUUCAAAUCAUGUAUACUUUUGCUGUGUCCUUGAGCAAGACACUUCACACAUUGUUAUUAUUGCCUGUUCAGGAGAUUAAUUUUAAAACUGAUUGGAGUCAGGGUGUGGUGAGUGUUAGUCUCUCUUAUCAGAAGUUUGCGAGUUUCAUGUGUAAAUGAUGCAGUCAGUAAGUUCUAGUGCCUCCGACGAAAAGGUUGCUGGUUCACAUCUUGCAUAAUGUCAUGCUCUUGGGCAAGACACUUCGCCUACAUGAUCCAAUAUUAGCCCGAAUGAGUUUUGAUUAGAUGUGUAAGCAGUGCUGUGAGUUAGUGCUAGUGCCUCUGACCAAAGGGUUGCAGGUUCUAAUUUUCCAUACUGUUGUUGUGUCUAUAGGCAAGACACUUCACUCACAUCAACAAAUAUCGACCGCUAAUAUGAAUUUGAUUGGAGCUGGCAGUGUUCCAGCCAGUCAAUGUUAGUCCGUCUUACAAGAAGUCCACAUUUUGCUUACUGUUGUUGUGUCCUUUGGCAAGACACUCAGUCUUUAAUAUUGCCUCUAAAUAUGAAUUUGAACAUGGGUUGUAAGUGGUGUAAGCUGUCACCGGUUGAUAAGUUGAUUGUAGGUUCAAAUCUUAUUGCCUUUGUGUCCUUUGGCAAGACACUUCACCCAUAUGGCCCACUCCAGGGAACUGAGAUGUGGUUAGUUGAAACAGGAGAGGAAUUGGAUCUAUAAAAGCGGACUGCAUUGAUAGAUAGAUGUGACUUUUUGUGUAGGAAUAAACUUUGAAUUGUCUAAAUGAGCAAAUUAUUUAAUGGAAUAUGACAAAAAAAAAAAAAAAAAAAAAAAGAAUCAUGAAAUCUGUUAAGGAAAUAAGUUUAAUCUACUCAGAAUCAAGACGAAUUCUGAAUUGAAGUCAUUUUGUGUGGUGCGGAUGUCGUUUUUUGCAGUGUGAGGAGGUGGUUCAUAUCUUCCAUGGCUCGGCCCGUGAGCUGUCGCUCUGUCUCUGGUCAAAGUGAGUUUCAAACUAACGGGCUUCCGCAGAACAAGAACGAGAUCUGUAUUUACGCCGCUCGACCAAGAGGGGGCAACGGCGAGGCUAAUGAAAAGUAAAGUGAUCUUUUUGUCUCGGUGGAAGGAAAGACGAAACGACCAAGAGGAGAUAAGGAUGAGAAGUAAUCUGAGGGCAAUCCAAUCAAACUAAUGUCCACACUGCAACAAAUAAUACUUACAUGAGCUUAAAGUUUGACUGUCUUAAAAACGAGAACAACAAAACAAAUUCCUUUUAUAAAGUUUUGCAGUGGUCUAAAGUUAUUCCUCAUUUACCUUUAUGCAUUCUGAGGAUACUAAUUAUUAACAGUGAUGAGUUUAGGAUGCUUUUUACAACUCUCAGAGACCUGUGCGGGGUUUUACAGUAACAGUAAAGCUAUCAACUCGCAUGCUAACAGUGCACUUCCUGAUUAUCAGACAAUAAAAUGCUUUACGAUUAGAUUCAGACAGCACACAGCUCACUUAUUUGGACCUCAAGAGCUGCUUAUACAAUAUAUCUGCAGGGUCAGUCCACCUCAGUUCACCCAAUGAGUUAAAUUUUGAUGAAACAUGGUAAAUCAUAGCCAGAAAAGCCAAAAUUUCACAUUUUAGUUUGAUCGGACCAACGGUUUCUGAGAUAUCGCAAUUUCAUGUUUUCACUUUUUGCGUGGUCACUGAAUUUCAAGUUGCUUUUACUCAGCA